AUGCCAAAAAGACCUGCAGCUCAGGAAAGACUGACUUCUGUGAAGAGGCGAAACUGUAUUGCACUUGAGAGGUAUUGUGAGUUGUUUAAUCGGGAAACAGCUCGUUUCUUUGAUCCACUCUGUGACUCCCAAGAUCUUCAAGAUUCCUAUAUCCAUGUUGAUAGCAAAGUGAAGUACCUAGAGGAAGACUCCCAACAAUCUAUAGUCAGCGAAGGAGAAUCUAUUGGUAGUGAUACUGAUGAUGAACAGGAGUGGGACAAUGGUAUAGAGAAUCUCGAUCUCGGAACGCUAUGGACAGCUCGUGAGAAAACAGUAUUCUUUCACUUUUUGGCACGAAAUAGUAUCCACAAUCUCGACCAAUGGCAUUCCCAGCUGCCUAGAAAGAGCAAGUAUGAAAUUACCGUAUACUAUCGUGUUUUAAAAGCUAAUCUGGAUAACCUUAAACAUAUGAAAACCAAGAAACGGGGAGGAAUAUUAACAAAACGUGACCUACCUAUCGCAUAUGAGAUGCAGCCAUCAUUCAUAGAACUUGAAGAGUGCUAUAGCGAAUUGAUUCGUUCCGAGACUGAGGAUGUUGUCAAGUUUGAGACAGAACAUGAGUUAAAGUCGAUGGAGGAGGGCGUCGUUAACUGGGACAAUUGGUAUAAGAGAUGGGAUUUGUUUUAUGCGCGUCACCAAAUCCCAGAAUAUCAGCCUGCAUCUCGAGAACCGUCUCUUUUCUCUCGAUCGAGUGAGUGCUACGCAGAGGAGAUUGUCCGCCGCUACGUGAAAAAGCUCCUAUGUGCAGCUAUCUUGCCGGUGCUAGACAGGAAACAUGUACCUAAGGAAUCCUUAAGGAUACCGCAAGACUUUCGGGAAGAAGUUGCGCACCGUACACAUGCAGAACGUACUCGAACUCCACUUGUAGAAUCUUACAUUCACAGUGACACAGGAGAAAUCGAGGUCCGCACUGGCAAUCUUGAAUUUCCUCAUCUUGUUACCACUACAGAUAUCUGGCGCGGGAUGAUUGUGCUACGGAAAGCAGGUCACCCAGCUCCUACCCUUCCGGAAACUGUUGUACACUCAUUAGCGAAGUUCCAGGUUAACCAUGAAGAAGGCAAACUAUUCAAGAACAAAAAUAUUCCAAAUGCAUUGAUUGUGCCCCUAUUACAGCAUAAGACAACUCCAUACCAUGCACCUGUAGGGAUUUCUACUCCAACCAAUAAGAAUUCUUUGGUUCUCGAAAGCCGCCUACACGGUUUAGUGAAAACUCAACAAAAGUCCGCUGGGGGGUUUCUAUCCACAGAUACAUUUAUUUCUGACGACCCUUACUCCGCACUAGAUAAUCCAGUUUAUGAACAACUAGUGCUCUGGGAUGAUGCAGUUACGGACUCCCUAGAUUUAAGGGCUUCUUUUCACUACCAGCAUGCCCUACUUAUGCAUAUGUCUCUUCCAGAUGAUUCCGAAACGUCUACUGUGAACGUGAUUACCGCCGAGCCUGAAGAGGUACCCGGCCUUCCGGAAGUUCCAAGUCAUGUGCUUGACAUGUUUUUAUACUUGGCAUGA